AUGCCUUGCUGCGGCGAUCGUGAAAAAGGCCCGGUAUCCCUGGAGGAACAAUGGGACUACAUCAAUCUGAAUGACUUCAAAUCAGAGUCCUGUCUAUCGCCAUUCUCUUACUUCUUUCUUUGGGUCUUCCUCUUGAUCUCAAUAGCGGUAUAUGCGGUUGACACCUUCACUGCCGUUAAUCUACUCGCUUUCUCGAAGUGGGCCGGACAAAUCGAGCCUGCCAUUCCUUUUACCGUCUCUCGUUGGAUUUUUGCCGUCUGUAUUAUCAUCUCGUUCGUUCUCUUGGUUUUACGAUGGAUCCGUGCUAUUCGCGCCAUUCGCUCCGGCAGUAUCUCGCAGAGCUACUUGGAUUCCCUCGCGGUGCGCCUUCAAAGUAUUCGUAUAUGGGCCAGUGGCCAUGGAUGGAAGCGGUUCCUCGUCUUUGCCGAGCUCACCAAAAGUAGGAAGGGGGCGGAGUACGUUGCGCUGUUUGCAUAUUUCUCCUUUGAGACCUGGAUGAAUGUCCUUAUUGCCGAUGGGCCGCGUCAAGUCGUCAAUGCGAUCACGUUGUAUUCGGUCAUGCGCAUGGAUCUGCUUCCCGGUGGGGAGAAUGCGCCCAACACAGAUGAUUCAUCUUCGUUCAUCCAAUUCUUUGACAAUGUGAAGAUCUUGGCCGAAAAUAACAACCUGCGGGCCCUGGUCCUCUUUGGCAUGCUUUUUACAUUGAUUAUUUGGGUUUUGUCUAUCCUAAAGCUGGCACUCGCCAUCAUCUUAUACCUCAUCUUUUUGUUCCAUCAUAUUCCUUCCCAAGAUGGCUCCUUGAAAGCCUACUGUCGACGGAAGAUCAAAACCCGGCUCACUCGCAUCGUGCGUCGGAAGGUGAACAAAGCUUUGGCCAAAGGCAUGGUGUUACAAGAGCGAAAACCAACCCAACCCAACAUGGGUUUGGAUACGAGUCCCACCUUGCCCACUGUCGGUGGUGACGACAAGGCGCCAACUGUCACAACUCUCUCGCGCAGCACAACACAAACCACAGUGCCACCGUACUCAUCACGUCCGGGGACAACCGCACCGGACCGGGCUCCAACCCUUCCGAGCGUGGCAGCGUUUGAAGACAAACCCUCGCUCAGCCGAACCAUGACCCAAUCAUCGGCCUACUCCGCGUCCACUUCGCUCUCGGGAAGUACGGCAGUCUCAGGAUAUAGUCCUCUUGAUCGCCAAAGCUCCCCAGCGCCGCCAGUACCUCCUCUCCCGACUCAGAUUCCUAUGCCUGCUUCGCGGAUUCAAACACCGAUGCCAAGGUUCAAUAACACGCCAGGACCCGCACCUGCACCCCCAGUCGGUGGAGUAAGUGAUAUAGCUUCUGCGCAUGGUUUUAGAGACACCGGCGACACUCAGAGUCCCUAUGAGACAUACCCAUCUCACGAUAUCCCAUUAACUGCACCAUACCAUUCAUAUAGCUCAACAAAGACUCCGACACGAACUCUGCCACCAGGACAAAGUAUGUCCCUAGGGGAAAACGGGUCUCUUCGAACCUUUUCACCCCCCGGUCCUAGUGGCACUCCAACCCUACCUCCACUGGCUGGCUAUCCUGCACGAUCGUUCGGUGCGGGCGGUCAACCUCCGGCGCGACCCCAGCCCAGUUUCAGCCCCGUGGAUGGGGCGGCAAUGAGAAACUUUUCGCAUGUCGCACCUCGCGGAACACCGCGGCCCUCCGGACCAGAUGGUUAUGCACCAUUUAAUCCCCCUUCCAGAAAUUCCCCAGCACCUUUUGCGAGGGAAUUCACAUCAAAUUCUCCCGUAUAUCAACAGGCAGGACCGAGUGCGUUCGCGUCCCCGGCCGAAUACGAUAACAGGUCUGCACCUCCACCUGCACAAGCCUACUCCAACCCGUCGUAUCCGCCACAACCACAGAACUAUAGACAGGAUUAUAUCUAG